AGGAAGCAAAAUAGAGAACGCAUGCAGACGUGGAAUCCAAACAUCAAUUAGAAAAUGACAGCAGGAAGAAGAGAUGGACCUCUUCCUCUCCUAUCUUCCACCACAAACAAUUCUUUCUGAAUUUUUCAAAGCAUCAUCCUUGACUCAUGCCACAUAGUCAUUUCUACUGGAAUAUCCAUGACUUUUCAAACUUAUCUGGGCGCAGAGCCCAUUCAGAAAACUGAUCUUUGACAGUUUCUAAUGCAAAGUCUGAAAAAAAAGAGAAAGUCCACCACUUCUGUCCAAUACCUCAAGCAAACAUUGUUGAUUUGUCAGCACCUCUUCUGUUAAACUAUAAUGAGUUCAAUAUGAUCUAUUGAGGCUUGAUAUCAGCACAAAUCAAUUUAAAGCAAACACCAGACUUCAGAGAGACGGUUCUUUUGCCACCAAAAAGUUCUAGCAAUGAGGUUCAAGAAACAGGAAUCAGGGGAAGGUGAGCCAAGCAUCCAAGUGAAUAUCAUGGAGACUGCGGAUGGAGGCAGCAACAAUCUGUUCUACUGGGGCUCGACCUUUUUCGAGCCUCAGAAAACGCCUAGCAAUCCAACCCCAGCCGGACGAAAUGGAAGCCAAGGCAGCACAAUUCGGGCUCCCGAAAAGAAGCUGACCCUCUUUGCCCUGCGCCUCGCCAUCCUGGAAAAAGCUGCAAGCGGCCUCGGAACGCUAGCAUUCAUCUGGGCCACGGUGGUUCUUCUCGGUGGGUUCGCCUCAAUGCUCGAGAAGAGAGACUUCUGGUCUGUGACAAUUAUCCUACUCAUCGAAGGCACCAGGAUCUUCAGUCGGAGCCACGAACUCGAAUGGCAGCACGAGGCAACAUGGACCCUAUCUGAGGCUGGAUGGAACAGCUUCGAGGCAAUCAAGUCCAGCUCCCGCUUCAUCUUUCGGAGGAUCAAAGCCAUCUUUCAGCUGCCUUCCAUCACCAAAACAGAUGGCGACCGAUGUCGGAGGAUCACAGGGAGUAACCAGACGGUCACAGAGUUCCAAAACCAGGUGGUGCAACAAAUGAGACGCCGCACUUGGUACACUCCCAAUGUUCCCUUGAUUCCUCAUGCUGGCUGGAUCUUUCUAUUGAAAAAUGUCAGCAGGAUUCUUACAUGGCUUCAGCUUCUAUCAGCUACCGCCUGUGUGACGCUCUCCUUGAUGCGCCUCAUCAAGCAGGACUAUGGUGAAGUAGGACAGGAUAAUGAAACAAAGAACGGGAAGGCAGCACUGGACAUAUUCUACGGACUGGCACUGGCUGAAGCCCUGAUGUUCCUGCUGGAGAAGGCAUACUGGAAUUGGAAGAUCUCCUACGGCAAGUUGCUCGAAGAUGUGAGCCUGGAGUGCGAAUUAGGACUGUCUGGGAUUAUAUCAAUCAAACGAUUCUUUUACGAUGCAUACUCGAAAUGCAUCAAUGGAAGCAUCUUUGAUGGCCUAAAGAUAGAACUUGUGACCUACUCUCAGGAGCUCUUGGACUCUGAUUUUCCAGACGAGCAAAUCAUCGGAGCUCGGAUCCUGCAGAAGCUUGUAAAAAGCAACCAGUUUGCCUCCGAGACGCUACGGAAGAUUGGGACUUCAACAUGGGUCAUCGAGAGACUGGUCGAUAUGUUGAACUGGAAGAACCCAACCGAAGAAGAGAUCAGGAGGUGUGCAGCAGAAAUCGUGUCGAAGCUUGCUGGGAAGAAGCAGAAUGCACUUCGAGUUUCCGGAAUUCCAGGGGCGAUGGAGUCGAUAUCAUCGUUGCUCCACACAGGCAGAAUCUCCAACGCAAAAUCCCAUGACGUCCAUCGGAAUUCCAUCAUCCCCGACCAAGCAGACUACGACUUUUCAGUGUUUAAUCUUUACGGUCUGCUGAUCCUGAAGAAGCUCGCUCAUGAUCACGAGAACUGUGGGAAGAUUGGGAACGCCAGAGGCCUCUUGCCAAACAUCAUAGACCUCACGAGUACCGGCCAGAGUUUGCUACGAAAUGACCGAGCACCGGAGUCCCAGAUCAAAGCAGUGAAGAGGUCUCUCCAAGUGGUCAAGAUGUUGGUGAGCACGACCGGAAACACCGGGAAAAUGCUCCGGCAGGCAAUCUCAGAGAUUGUCUUCACAGUGAGCAACAUCAGGGAUAUCUUGCAGUAUGGGGAGAGUCACUUGGUGCUGCAGAAGCUGGCGAUAGAGAUUCUGCAGAGCCUGGCAAUGGAUGAGAACGCAAGGGAGAAGAUUGGGAGCACAGGUGGGAUUGUUAAGCUUCUGCUGCUCAUCUUCUUUAGGCCAGGAUUUACGGAGGAUGAGAACGAAUUGAGCAACCAGGCAGGGGAGGCGCUGGCAAUGCUGGCACUGGAGAGCAAGAAGAACUGCGAGCGGAUCUUGAAGGUGCAGCAGGUGCUGGACUGCCUCGUAAGCAUGCUGAAUGACCCAGUGCUCCGAAUCAACGCUUUCAGGAUCCUUCGGAACUUGUGUGCAUACUCUGCGACUGAAUGCUCUGAUCGCCUCAAGGGAGUCACUGCUGCCAUGCCCACUGUAUUAAGAGCUAUAAUGCUCGAGAAAGAUAAGUUACUAGAGGUAUCAAUUGGGCUCACCACACAGAUAUGCAAAUUUAUGAGUUCCACUAAAUUUGCUGAGGAACUAGAACAAGCUGGCAUUAAGGAGACUGAUCUCAUACAGAAGCUCAUAGAGAUACUGAACAAAUACAACUAUCCAGAAAUUAAAGUUCCAAGAAUAAGAAGGUUUGUCACUGAACUAGCAAUUUGGAUGAUGAAAGCCGACAGAAAAUAUGUACAGUUAUUCAAGAAUUUUGAGAUGGACCAGUUAUUGGUGAAUGUUGCAGAAACCACAUCAGAGCUCGAAUGCUUCCAUGUUUUCUCUGGAAGCGUAGGACUGAGCAAGCACAGCAGAACUCUCUCCUCUGUUGUAGAUACAGCACUAGAGUUGAUAACUGGUGAUUGAAGUGGAAGGGCAUAGAACUGCAAUGCAAACACAAUCAUACGUACAGUUAAGCAAUAGAAAUGUUACAGGUCAUUCAAUAUAAGAAAAGUUUUAGGAAAUAAAGUAAUUCUGUUUAUAUCACUCAAUGCAUAUGACAGAAUUGUUUGAUCCCAUAGAUUUUUUCAGAUAUUCUUAGUCUAUUUUAUAAUGUAAUACCAGAAGCAUUAUCUAUCAGAAACUCAUCUAUGGGAAAUAUUAUCUUC